AUGGGCUUUCUAAGCAAGAAGAAGGGCGAGGAAGGCGAGGACAGCAACCGCUCUGCCCUCUUCGGUGGUAGGAAGAAGAAGGACAGCCCAGCGGCCCAAAACCCAUACGCUGCGCCCCCAGCGAACGACCCAUACGCCCAACAGGCACCUCCAGCCUACAGCGGUGGCAGCAGCAACUCUUCGUUCCGCCAAGAGAAGAGCCCCGCUGCGACAGGUCCCGGCCAAGCAUACGGAGGACAACAGCGACCUGCAGGCUACGGCUCCCAAGGAGGAAGCUAUGGCGCACAGUCAGGCUAUGGUGCCGACCGCUUCGGAGGUGCUCCUGCGCCAGCUGCGCGAGCCGGGGGAUAUGCCGACGCCGGUCGCAACGAGCUCUUCGGCAACGCUCCGACUCGACAUCAGGGACCUCCGCCCCAACAGUCGGGCGCAUACGGCCAGAGCGGUGCCUAUGGAGACAGUGGAGCCGGCGGCUAUGGGCAAUCUUCUGGCUCUGGUGGAUACGGAGCAUACGGCGAUCGCGAGCUGACGGCUGAGGAGCAGGAGGAGGAAGACAUUAGUGCGACUAAGAAUGAGAUCAAGUUCAUGAAGCAGCAGGAUGUGUCAAGCACGAGGAACGCUUUGAGGCUGGCGCAGCAGGCCGAGGAGACGGGUCGUGAUACUCUUGCUCGACUUGGCGCGCAGGGCGAGCGCAUUCAUAACACUGAACGCAACCUCGAUCUCGCGAGCACACAGAACAGACUCGCAGAGGAGAAGGCUCGUGAGCUGAAGACUCUCAACAAGUCCAUGUUCGCAAUGCACGUCUCCAAUCCCUUCACCGCAUCCUCCCGUCGCCAGGAACGUGAUGAUAAGAUCAUGGAAACCCACCGCCAGGAGCGCGAACAGCGCGAUGCCACGCGCAAAGCUGCCUGGGACUCCGCCGCGCGCAACGACGGCGCCACCCGCGGCCUACAGAACAUGAGCGCUGGCCAAAAGAAGAGCACGCUCGCGGACCGUGCCAAGUACCAAUUCGAAGCCGACUCGGAAGACGACGAGAUGGAGAACGAAAUCGAUGGCAACUUGGAUGCCCUCCACGGCGCAGCUAAACGUCUCCGCCACCUCGGCCAAGCUAUGGGCGAGGAGGUGGAUACACAGAACAAACACAUUGAUCGCAUCACGGGCAAGACUGACAAGGUGGAUGAUCAGAUUGCCAUGAACAGGGCGAGGUUGGAGAGGAUCAAGUAGGCGAUGAUAGUUGGCAACAUGCAUAGGCGUUUUUGGGUAAAUGAUUACAAUGAUUAUAGAGCUUUUGGUGCA